CGGCGCAGAGGCGGAGCCUCGGGGAGGGCAGGGCUUGGGUUCGCCCGCAGCCGGGCUGCGAAGCGCCGCAGCUCAACAACGCUGCUCCCAGUCCAGGGUGGUGGGACUAAGGCUUCGCCGGAUCAAGUUGGCUGUACUGCCGUCACCCGCGCCCCGGCCCGUUCGCGGUCGGGGAAAGCCGGGCCCUGACGGGCCGCCGUAGCUGCCUUUCCGUAGUGGGCGGAGCCGAGUCCGAAGUGACCCCGCCGGAACCACCGCUGCCAGCGACAUGUUCAAGGUAAUUCUGAGGUCGGUGGGACCAGCCAGCCUGAGUCUGCUCACCUUCAAAGUCUAUGCGUCACCAAAAAAGGAAUCGCCUCACAAAAAUUCCAUGAAGGUUGAUGAGCUUUCACUCUACUCAGUUCCAGAGGGUCAGUCUAAAUAUGUGGAGGAGCCAAGGACGCAACUUGAAGAAAGCUUUUCACAGCUUCGACAUUAUUGUGAACCAUAUACAAAUUGGUGCCAGGAAACGUACUCCCAAACUAAGCCCAAGAUGCAAAGUAUUGUUCAACAGGGGGUAGACAGCUAUGAAUAUCUCCAAAAUGCACCUCCUGGAUUUUUUCCAAGACUUGGUGUAAUUGGCUUUGCUGGACUUCUUGGACUCCUUUUGGCUAGAGGUUCAAAAAUAAAGAAGCUGGUGUAUCCUCCUGGUUUCAUGGGAUUAGCUGCCUCAAUCUAUUAUCCACAACAAGCUAUCGUAUUUGCCCAGGUCAGUGGGGAGAAAUUAUAUGAUUGGAGUUUGCGAGGAUAUAUAGUUAUUGAAGAUUUGUGGAAGGAGAAUUUUCAAAAGCCAGGAAAUGUGAAGAAUUCACCCGGAAAUAAGUAGGAUACUUCUUGCUCUGCCCAUUUUAAUCAGUUAUAGGUAAACAUUGGAACCUCCAUACAGUAAAUCAGUAUUUCUGCAGAAAAAAUGGCGGAGAAGUCAGUAUUGAAUGUAAUAAAUUGGCUUUUUCUUCUUCAUGAAAAACUAUACUAGCCCUCUCUGUUAACUUGGGUGAUGCCAUGUUACAAGUGGACUAAUCAGGAAUCUUUUCACCUAGAGAUAAUAUACAAGCCUUAGAACUCCUUGUUCUGAUGUUGCUAUUUAUGUACACAAUUAAAAUCUCAAGUAAAAAAACCCAAACUUGUCCUGCUGUCUUUUCUACUAUUAUUGAGUGAUGUUUUAAGCCUGUCUUGUACCCAUGUAUAU